CAGAUGACUCUCCCCCCCACACCCCCCUUUAUUUUAGCAGUUCAGUUGGGGUUUUUUUUCUGCUGCUGCCGCCGUUCUUCUCCUUUCUAGUCACUAUCUCAUAACGGAGCAUUUUGGGGAGAAAAUUUAGACUUCAUUAGGUCAGCAACACUUGUGGGGAUUGCCACAGUCCAUCCCAUCCUACGGCCAUUCUAAAGCGUAACAGUCCUCGACUGUCACUCACCUUCCCGGGAUUUCUCAUUUCUCGCUUCAAUAAAUAUAUAAACUAUGGCUAAAACGGAUCUUAUCCAGAAAGCCAAGCUGGCAGAGCAGGCUGAGCGCUACGACGACAUGGCAGAAUGUAUGAAGGCUGUUACAGAGAUGGGAGAGGAGCUGUCAAACGAGGAGAGGAACCUGCUGUCCGUCGCCUACAAAAACGUGGUUGGGGCGAGGCGGUCCUCAUGGAGGGUGAUAUCCAGCAUCGGACUGAAGACCGAGGGUUGCGAAAAGAAGCAGCAGAUGGUCAAAGAAUAUCGCGAGAAAGUGGAAUCAGAACUGGAUGAAAUCUGCAGAUGUGUUUUGAAACUGCUGGAGGACCAUCUAAUUAAAAAUGCUUCAAAUUCAGAGAGCAAAGUCUUCUAUCUAAAGAUGAAGGGUGACUACUAUAGAUACCUUGCUGAAGUUGCCAGUGGAGAAAACAAAACAAAUACCAUUGAAAGCUCACAGCAAGCAUACCAGGAAGCAUUUAACAUCAGCAAGGCUGAAAUGGAACCCACACAUCCCAUUCGUUUGGGCUUGGCACUUAACUUCUCGGUCUUCUUCUAUGAGAUCCUGAACUCCCCAGAAAAAGCCUGUGAAUUGGCCAAACAGGCAUUUGAUGAUGCUAUUGCAGAGCUCGACAAUCUACAAGAGGAGUCCUACAAAGACAGCACUCUUAUCAUGCAGCUCCUCAGAGAUAACCUGACAUUAUGGACAUCAGACAGCGCCACUGAGGAGGGAGAGGGAGAAGAGGGCUCCAAGCCAUCGAACUAAGAAGCCCAAGCCCAUGCUGCUGGGGUUGACUCCAAAAAAUAAAAG